AUGGUACUAUUGCAAUGCGACGUUUGGGUGCCUUGCAGUGGCUCAGGCAGACUUAGUGAAGAGGAACGUCAGCUCAUUUUGGAUGAACAUAACAAGUAUCGAUCGCUACUAGCGAAAGGGCAAGUUGUGGCUGCUGGCAAUCAACUCCUGAGAGGAGCAAGGAACAUGAUUAAGCUGACAUACGAUUGCAACUUGGAGACGAUCGCACAAAACUGGAUCAACUAUUGCCAGUUUGAGCACUCAGACAGAGAGUUCCGCAAGGGUGCUGGUGAAAAUUUAUAUUAUGCUGGAACUACUGGUGAAUUAAAUAAUCGAACACAAUACCUGAAAGAUGCAGCGAAAGCUUGGUGGGAUGAAGUGAAGGAUAUUUAUGAAAGUAGCUUGGAAGAAGAGAAAGGUGGACUCAAAAUGACUAACGCAAUCAGCUAUGCUGGUGCCCUCCACUGGAGUCAGGUUGUGUAA